AUGUCGAAGAGAUUCACAGACAACGCCAAUGGUUGGUUCACUGACCCUGCCUGCGAGUCUGUAAAGACGGUCACCGAUGAUGAAUCGCCGAUCGCGACGCCGGUAUCCACCCUUGGACAAAAAGAGCUCGUCAACACCACCUUUCACCAUUUAUUUGCGUGGUGUGUCUCCUGCACCAACAUUCUCCUCAUUCAGUGUGCACCGAAAGUCCCACCUCCAUACAUGAAAGAAAUCAGCGGUUCUUCCAAACCCUCUCAGCCAAUAUCAGCCCUAAUUGCUGUUUCCUGCCGGUCGUGCGACGGAGCCAGCUUCCACAAGAGCGGUAAAUCAUUCGAUAAAUCUCCGACAACACUGAGCCUUAGCCCUGAAUGGGUUUCUAAUACAUAUAUGUAUCACAAUCUUGGCAAACUUACACCGAGGCCAAUACAUAUUGCGAAGCAUGGUGACUGCAUCAUCGCCGUGCGAAUGGAUGAACUAUCCCAAGAAAUGAAACAAGGAAAAGAGAAAUAUCAGAUUCUUGGCUUGAAUGCAUCUGCUGUGCGUUCCCGGUGUGUCUCUGGCGAUGCAAUACUAGCCCCAUAUGUGUCCAGUUCAUUCAUCUGA